AAAGUUGAUUCAUAAAGGCCAAGAAGAUUCGUAAGGGAAAAAAAAAACUCCCGGGAAAUUCGUACCAUACCAUGCGAUAACUGCAGCAUAAACUCAACUUUCUGACUUGUUUGUUUGUUAUGUUCUUACAAAUUCUAUAUAUAUAUAUAUAUACACAUACAUACGCUUACUCAAUUGAGUGACUUGUUUAAAUAUUUUUCUGUUGCAUAAAUUUGGAACCUUUCACUGUUGAAUUUUGAUGACUACACCCUUGGAACAUGAUUACAUAGGUUUAUCAGAGGCUCCAUCCAUGGAAAAAAGCUGUGACAAGAUAUCCUCUUCGGUUUCCUCCAACCUUUCUUCUGAGGAUGAGAACACUUCAUCUCUGAACUUCAAGGAGACAGAGCUGAGGCUUGGCUUGCCCGGUUCUGAGUCUCCUGAGAACAACAAAUUAGGGAUCUCUCUCUUUGGCAAGGAUUUGCAGAAUAAUGGCUAUUCUUCUGCUUCUUCAACCCCUUCCAACAAGAACCUCAAGAGGGGCUUCUCUGAUGCCAUUAGCUCUUCUUCUUCCUCUUCUCGGAAAUGGAUUUUCUCCCAGAGUGAUGCGGCAGCAACUGAGGCUGAUUUGGAAAAUGGUUCUAAUAAUACCUCUGCACGAUGCAACAGAGAGGUUGAUAUGGUUCCUCACUAUGAGAAACCAGCUCAGGUUGCUGCAACAAAUGACCAUGCUACUGUUCCUGCUCCAAAAGCACAAGUUGUGGGAUGGCCACCAAUUCGAUCUUUUCGAAAGAACACGAUGGCCUAUAAUUUGGCAAAAUGCAACAACGAAACUGAGGAGAAACCAGGAGUAGCUUGUCUUUAUGUUAAGGUCAGCAUGGAUGGUGCUCCGUAUCUCAGAAAGGUUGAUCUGAAAACCUACAGCAACUAUAUUGAACUUUCUUCAGGUCUUGAGAAAAUGUUCAGCUGCUUCACCAUUGGUCAAUGCAAUUCUCGUGCACUUCCUGGGAAAGAUGGAUUAAGUGAGAGUGCAUUCAGGGAUAUUGUUGAUGGCUCUGAAUAUGUUCUUACAUAUGUAGAUAAAGAAGGAGACUGGAUGCUUGUGGGUGAUGUCCCUUGGGAGAUGUUCACUGAGUCAUGCAACAAACUAAGGAUAAUGAAAGGGUCCGAGGCAAUCGGGCUAGCUCCAAGGGGUAUGGAAAAAUGUAGGAGCCAAUACUAGUACAGAACAUUCUGCUCCGCCACUGGGUCAUUCACCCAAGCAUAUAUAUAAAGAAGGUCUAGAGGAGAAUUUCAGCUUAAUCAAAGAAAAAUAAAAUAAUUAAGAAAAAAAGAGAGGAUAAUUUCAGUUUAUGGUUCUGUAAGAAAUAAAACGAAACAUGCGUAAUGUAGCGUUUCAAUUUUUGUGCGUUCAGACACUGAUAAGUCUCAGUUUCCUUGUGAAUGUGUAGAAUAUAAAAUAUAUUGUUAUUUACUUAUGUGGUGCA